CCAAACAGUGAUUUCAGUAUCCAUUAGGGGCGGACCACUAAAGGGGAAGACGGCUGGGACGAUCGCUAUGGCCAAUGGCGUCGGGGUCCCACAAUGGUCUGCUUGGCAUUACAGGAGCAAGCCUGAAUGCCUUGGCUAUUCAAUUGGCUUGUCUCUUUUGUCUAGGACGAGAGAGAGAGAGAUCAUGAAGGAGAUAGAAGGUGACCUUGAUUUCUUUUGA